AUGUUUCGGGGUUGUCCUACUGCCAUCAUAACUCAUCUUUUUUCGGUUCCACCUCGUGACUUCACAGUCUCCAAGGAAUUUCGAGGGUUUGAACUUGAUGACAUCGACAAUACUGGGGUACCUGCAUGUGAUGAAAACAAUGCUCCGGACAGCUAUAUGGUAUACUGCAGCGGAAAGCUUCUUCAAGCUGUCAUGGCCACUCAUCUUUAUCCCGAUUCAAAAUCUUUUGUUGAUAAGCCGAUCAAAGAGAAUAAAACAGCGAAAGCUAUUGCAGAAAGUUUUGAGAAAAGAUUUCCACAACCUAUAGAAGAAAUAAAUCCUGAAGAUGUCAAGAGGUUCGUGGAUGAGAACUUCGAUAAGGAAGGACAAGAACUUGAAGAAUGUAAUUUGGUUGACUGGAUCAAGAACCCUCCUAAUAUCACUGAAAUCAGGGAUCAGACUUUGAGGAAGUUCGCUCUCGAUUUGCAUAAUGUUUGGACCAAACUCUGCCGUCAGGUAAAGACGAUUGUCAGAGAUCAACCAGAGAGAUUUUCUCUUAUGUACGUUCCACAUCCUUUCAUAGCCCCGGGAGGAAGAUUCCGUGAAAACUAUUACUGGGAUGCUUACUGGAUCAUGAAAGGACUGCUUGUUUCCGGCAUGCAACACACAGUUCGAGGAAUGAUUCACAAUUUCGCUCAUUUCAUAGAAAAACAUGGUUUGAUCCCAAACGGCGGUAGAGUAUAUUAUCUGGGGAGAUCACAACCUCCCAUGUUCAUUCCUAUGGUUUACGACUACUACGAGUAUACAGGAGAUAUAGAAUUUGUGAAAGAGAUGAUGCCUUUCAUGGAACAAGAAAUGGAGUUCUGGAGAAGAAACAGAGCAGUGCAAGUAGAGACAAGCCAUGGCAAUGUCACAGUUUAUCAGUACCGAUCACCCGUAACCACCCCAAGGCCAGAAUCGUAUAGAGAAGACAUUAUCUCAGCUUACAAUGUAUCAAAGUCUGAGAAACACAAGUUCUUCCAAAACAUCGCCAGUGCCGCUGAAUCAGGUUGGGAUUUCAGCACCAGAUGGAUGGCUGACAAAAAAAAUCUACACACGAUUGAAACUACCAACAUCGUGCCAUCGGACUUAAACGCUUUCCUUUGCUACAACAUGAACUUGCUGGCCCAUCUGCAUGCCGAAAUAGGAAAUCAUGACAAGGUUCAGAAAUGGAAGUCCGAGUAUAUCGAUUUCAGAAACGUUUUCAAGCAAGUGUUCUAUGUAUCGAAGGGCAGGGGAUGGUACGAUUAUAACCUCGUCACAAAAGAUCACAAUCUCGACUUCUUCCCUUCAAUUGCCAUCCCUCUCUAUACUCAAUGCUAUGACCCAUUGAGUACAAGAUUGCCUGAAGAUGUCUACAAUCAAAUGGAUAGCAUGGGAGUUUUUAAAUUCGCAGGUGGCAUUCCUACUAGCUUACAACCUAAUAGCGAACAGCAAUGGGAUUAUCCUAAUGGAUGGAGUCCUCUGAACCACAUGGUCAUAGAAGGGUUGCGGAAAUCAACCAACUCGAGGAUGCAACAAAAAGCUUACGAGCUCGCUGAGAAAUGGGUGAUGUCGAACUUGAGGGUUUUCCAAAAAGACAAGAUGAUGUGGGAAAAAUAUGAUGUUGUUGCAACAAAACCCAGAACAGGAGACGGGGGAGAAUACGAAGUUCAAGCUGGUUUUGGAUGGACUAAUGGCGUUGUAUUAGAUCUUCUCUACAAAUACCGUGAGCGAAUGCGUUAUCCAGACAUCCAUCCACCAAUCAUUCCCGUCCCUCAAAUAUUCAGAAACCCCGCAGCCAUUGUUCAUAGAGAUGUGGAGAAUAGUUCCACAAGCUACCGAGCUUUCAUAGUUUCCUUAUUCGUUUCAUUACUCUUAAUCUUUUGA